CGUUACAGUGUGGUCUAUCCUGAUGGCGUCAUACGCGCAUCUGUCUCCGCCCACGGUCCCCUUGACAUACAUUGCCUUGUUUGGGACUGGUUCCUUAAUUAUGAGGAGUGCUGGCUGUACGAUUAACGAUAUGUGGGAUCGUGAUUUGGAUCGGGCUGUGGACAGGACGAAGACCCGGCCAAUUGCCAAUGGAGACAUUACUCGCGUGCAGGCAUUGUGGUUUUUAGGAGGACAGCUCACGAUGGGAUUAGGUGUCUUAUUGCAGUUGAAUUGGUACAGCAUUGCCUUGGGAGCAUCGUCCCUUUCGUUGGUAGUGAUUUAUCCGCUGAUGAAGCGAAUAACAUAUUGGCCGCAAGUUGUUCUAGGAAUGGCCUUCAAUUGGGGCGCGCUUCUUGGGUGGUCGGCGGUUGCGGGUGUCGUUGAUUGGGGUGUGUGUCUUCCGCUUUAUGCGGGGAGUAUUUGCUGGACACUUGUCUACGACACAAUUUACGCACACCAGGACAAAACAGACGACGUCAAGGCGGGGAUUGGAUCUACUGCUCUUCUCUUCUCCGAAAAUACUUUGCCUAUCCUUGGAGCCUUUUCCGCCACUUCUCUGGGCUUGAUUUCGUGCGCGGGAUAUAUAAACGGACACGGGAUUCCUUUCUACUUGGGUGUGGGUGCCAGUUCAAUUCAACUAGCGCGCAUCCUGAAAAGAACGAAUUUCAAUGAUCGGGGGAGUUGUUGGAAUGGAUUUGUGAAGUGUGGGAACGUAGGCGUUUUCAUCUCCUUGGCUCUCACGGGAGAUUACUUGCUUGCGUAUAUGUGGUCAGAUGACAAGACAGCGGAACCCCAAGCAAAGGAGUAGAAGUUGAUAGUGUGGUCACAAAUGCAGCAUAGCGAUAUAUCCAUUAUGAGUUCCAAUUAUGUACAGGGUGGGGGAGCAUCUCUGGUAAUGAUGAAGAGUAGCAACACUAGUAGGGGUAGUAGCAGCAAACUAGGGUUCGAUGCCCUGGGCCGUAUGUAGCUUGGUGUCAGGAAAUCUCCCCAUGUGUGCAUCGUCGAUGUCGGCUACAGCCGCAAUGAUAUAAGCCAGUCAUGAUGACUUGCGGCUUUGCAGG